AAAAGAGAGGCGACACUUUGAUACGAACCGCCUAAAUAUCGUUAUUGUCUGUACCUCUUAGUUUGCUAUCUAAUUAUGGCACAUAGUGAUUACUCUUUCAAAAGUAGUAAGUGCUAAAAGAAAACGUGGCACCGAAUCGUUGUUCCUGAAAAUAUUUUUAUAUAUUCGAUGAAUCUGAGAAAACCUAUUGUUGAAAGUAUAAUAUAUAAUUACCUAUUUUAUUUUAUUAAACUAUUUUAAUUCUCAUUGGUAUACAUUAUCAAUUAUAGUGUUGACAGUAGCUAUGUGUUUAUUUAGAUGGUAAACAUGAGAGUACUUUUAAUAUUUUUUGGAAUCAUACAAUUUUUUGAUGUUUUUACAUUAUCUACCGCAUGGGAUAAUGAUGAAUUAGAAGUUUUCGAUGUUGUCGAAGAAGUUAAUCAAAAUUUCUACGAUCUCUUGGGUGUAUCUGAGGUGGCAAAUGCCUCGGAAAUUAAAAAAGCUUUUAGACGGUUAUCCCUUCAGCUGCAUCCUGAUAAGAAUGCAGCAGAAAAUGCAGAAGAGCAAUUUAGAAAAUUGGUUGCCGUAUAUGACGUGUUAAGGGAUCCUGGAAAGAGACAAAAAUAUGAUAACGUUCUCGUUAAUGGCCUGCCAAAUUGGCGGUCAGCUGUAUAUUACUAUCGACAUGUAAGAAAAAUGGGAUUGAUAGAAAUGAGUGUUAUUUUAUUUAUGGUGAUUACAGUUGGACAGUAUUUAAUAGCAUGGGCUGCAUAUUUCGAAAAGAGGUAUACUUAUGAACAAGUACUCGGUAGUAAGCUCCAGAAAAUGCAGAAAAAAAAUAGAAAAGGUAAAAUGGAUGUUCCAGAUUUAGCCGACAUUUUAGAGAAGAUUCCAACUCCAAGCAUUUGGAACACUCUUCCAUUUCAAAUGCCACGAUGGACGAUUGCAUCUGUGGUGUAUGUACCAUCUAUUAUUCGUGCCGUAAGUGAGAUCAUAGAAGAAAGAAAACGUAUGAAAAAGAAAGAAGAGGAGGAGGCAUUAGCUCAAGAAAAUGAACAAGCAGAACCUGAUACUACACCACGUGGUCCAAGAAGACGAAAAACGGGAUUUCCUCUUCAAGAGAGAAAUGAUAGCAAUACGAAAGUGAUAUCAAAAAAAGACAACAAUGAUACAAGUCAUAUUUACGAAAAACCUAUAAUAACUGGUGGAUUAUGGACCGACGACGAUGUAAUAGAAUUAGUAAAGCUCGUUAAAAAAUAUCCUGGUGGUACACCGGAGCGAUGGGAAAAAAUCGCGGAUACAAUGAAUCGUACAGUUGCAGAAGUUACGUAUAUGGCUAGAAAGAUCAGAAAUGAAGGAAUAAAACCUGGCGAAUGUAUAGAAGAUGCCGGGGUAGCAGAUCGACCAAAAAAAGUAAAAACACGAAAUGAAAAUGAUAAUAUUAUUACAGGAUGGAAUCAAGAACAACAGAGAGCAUUAGAAUCUGCACUUAUAAAAUACCCUAAGGGAAUAUCGAUGGAUAGAUGGGAAAAAAUUGCAGCCUCUGUCACAGGAAAAACAAAGGAGGAAUGCCAAGCACGAUAUCGACAACUAGUAGAACUAAUUAAGAAAAAGCAACAGUCGUGACUUGAUCCACAGAAAAACGUACACAAGGUUUUUUCAUUAAAUGUGUAAUAUUUCGUAUUACCGUGUAAAAACAGAAAAACGUUUCUCGAAAUUUGUUUGUGACAAUGUUUUUUCCAUCUGUUUUUUUUUUUUUUUUGUUUUUUUUUUUAUUAUCUAAUAAUGACACAUUAGAUAAUAAAAAAUGCAAUACACGUAUUGGAUUCAUUAACGUUCAAACGUAAUUCGUUUUUACGAGGUAAAAAUUGUCCAAUUUUAUGAGUGAUAUAAAACGAUAUCUUUAACUUAUCAAAAUACUUGUAAUACCAUUACAAUCAUAUAAAAUGAUAAUCUUCCAUUUUGGCAAGAUAUCAUUAAACCGUUCCAUCAUUACCAUGCCUAUAUAUCAAGAAUGUAUUUAUUUAAUAAAUUUAAUACUUCGUUAAGAG